AUGGCCCUGUCUCUUCCUUCGUUUGCGCCAUUCCCCUCCCCCGCGUGGCGGGAGCUCAUCGCACUCGAUGAGUGGAAUGCCUGCCUUGGAGCUUGGAUUUCUCUCGCUGAGGCUCAUUUAGGGCUGCUUGACUCGGAGUUCACACAAAAGAGUCUGAAAGACGAGUCUCUGCAGCAGUUCCUUACAGAUUGCAUGCGCCAAGUAGCAUCAUCUGGCUCAUCCAUCCUCGGCACCUCCAACCCAGCCAAGCUCCUUAUGAAAGAUUGUUUCCUGUUGACAGCACGCAUCCUCAAGCUACCUUCUAUUCCCAGUAUCUUUACGCAGUGGGAAUUCCUGGCAGACUUUAGCAGGGUCUACGGCAAGAAGCGUGUCGCGGCAGUGCUCUCUAGUUUGCCCAAGUCGUCCCAAGCCGCCUUCGAACAUACCCUUGGUGAUCUUAAGAAGUUUCUCAUCAAGAAUCUCGACGCUGGUCUUGCCGGAGACUUGAAAGCAGUUGAGCAACGACUGGAUCAACUGAAUUCACUUAUUCAUGCGUCACCAAGCACUGCGUCAUUCUUCCUCGCAGGCAGUGACUUUCUCGAUGGCCUUAUCAGCUGCUAUAAAAUCAUGAACCCUCCCCUGAGGAAGGUCAUUAUCACGACUACAUAUCUGUCACUUGUUGGGCUGAUUGAAGGAGAAUCGCCCAAGCUCUCCAUGCUGACUGAUCAGCUCUACUCUCUCAAGACGGCCGCCGAUACUCACAAGGCUGGACCCCUGAAUGUGAACGACUCACUGGUGGCCGAGCUUGUUACCACUACACCGAUACUGCAGCAGAUUGAGCACAAGCUCGAGAUCUCGGGCACUGCGACUACAAGAACUAAGAAUGUCUUGAAAGACCUAGCAGCGUACCGGAAGCCUGGUGUAGGGUUGAAGCCGAAGCGACUCAUCAAGCGGAAGGUUGACAAGGGCAAGGCCCUUGCCCUGGAUGACCGCAGCGCCAUGGAAGGGGAGGUCCACAUACAUCACAUGAGCCAGAUCUCGCAAAUACAAGAUCUGUUUCCUGAACUCGGCUCGGGUUUCGUGUCCAAACUACUGGAUGAAUACGAUGGCGAUUCGGAGCAGGUCAUUGCGCAUCUCCUUGAGGACUCACUGCCACCUCACCUGCAGGGCGCUGAUCGCGACCUUGCGCCUCACCCAACACCGCCACAAAUACCUGCUAGAAAGAACGUGUUCGACGACGACGAGCUGGACACCCUCGCCCUCGGCACGUCGAAGCUACAUAUCGGCAAGCGCGAUGCUAAAAAGACCGCAGACGACGUGCUGGCCGAUCGAUCAACGGCACCCAACAAAGCCGCGAUUCUAUCAGCGCUCGCGGCCUUCGACUCAGACGACGACGAGCGCGACGACACGUACGACGCGGAAGACGUGGGCGGCACAGUCGACGCCGCCAACACGGAGGAGCCCGCCGACUCUAAAGACGGCAACGAGGAGGCGCUGUUCAGGGCGUACCAGACCGACACGAGAGUGUUUGAGAGAGAUGCCGCCACGCGGCGCAGCGUUGCGCGGACGAAGCUGAGGCACGAGACGGGGAUGACCGACGAGGCGAUCGAGGGGUGGGCGGUGAUGUUGACGCGCAACCCGAACCAGAAGAGAAAGCUAGAGCUGAAGUACAGCGCGGUGGGUGCGUUUACGGGCCAGCAGAGCGAGCUUGUGUCUACGGCGUGGCGGCCCAGUCCGGCUGGGUCGGGCGCCGAGGAGUCUGAUGUAGAUGGUGGAAGGCCUGCCUUCCGAGGGGGUCGCGGGCGCGGUCGUGGGAGAGGUGGACGUGGAGGACGCGGUGAUGCAGCAGGUCCUCCGGGAGAACAGGGAACAGAGCAAGCCAGACGAAGGAAAGAGGCGAAUAAGGGGUCGAGAGCGAAUCACAACCGCCGGGAUCAGAGAGCCAAGAAGAUGGCUCGAGGAGGGUUUCCCGGCUAG